CAAAGAAUCGCAUGCUUUGGCUGUUGGCAGGCUUCUAGGAAAAUUGCAAUAGUAAUUUUUCAGUUCUCGGUUUCUGAUUUCUGACUAGUUUUUAUCAUUUAACGUUAAAAUUUAUGUAAUUGAAAUUGAAAAGAUAUCACCAAAGUUUGGUCUGUUGGUGCGUUCGGAUUUCAUACUGGAUCGACGAGCGGACGAUAUGGCAACGCGAGGACGACCACGUAGUUUCGAAGACUGGGAAUGCCCAGAAUGUGCCAACCUCAACUUCAGCAAGCGCACCGAGUGUAAUCGUUGUCGAAAGCCUAAGCCUGACGAGAAGAGCAAAAUGAAGAAGACAGGCAUUGAAAUCGGCAAGCAGGCGGCCGAAAAGAGCAAGGGAUUAUUCUCGGCGGAUGAUUGGAUGUGUACCAAAUGCGGGAAUGUCAACUGGGCUCGAAGGAAAAACUGCAACACGUGCAAUGCACCCAAAUUCCAGGAGUUGGAAGAACGCACAGGUUUUGGUGGGGGCUUUAACGAACGGGAAGGCAUCGAGUAUAAUGAGCGCGAAGAGUCGGAUGGCGAAUACGACGACUUUGGCCGCAAGAAGAAGAAAAAUAAGCGUGGUUCCGAUGACGGGGAGCCGGGCGUAUCCUCCAACCACAGCAAAGAAGGCAUCCGCGAGAAAUCAGCCGAAGCGGAAGGACGUGAGAGUGAGGAGGACCGUAAGAGUGAUGCAGAGGAGGAAGAGGAGGAGGGGGAUGAUGAUAAGAAGGUGGCCGCCAAGUACGGAUUGGGCGAUGAUGAUGAAGAGGAAGAAGACGAGGAUGAUGGUGAUACGGACAAGUAUAAACUAUUCGAUGAUGACGAAGAGCCGAAUAAAUCCAAGCCAGCGGAAGUGUCCCGGAACCGUGAUCGUGAUGAGAGUGAUGAUGGCCAUGAAGAUAAAAAAGUGCUCUCUACGGAUAAACGACAAGCCCGUAAACGAUAUCCCGGAUCUCGAUCCUCGUCGAGUUCUUCACGCUCCUCGGGCUCCUCGCAUUCAUCAUCCUCGUCUUCAUCAUCAUCCAGAAGCUCCCGCUCGCGGUCACCAUCUCCCAGAGGUUCCAAGCGAAAAAGCCGUGAAUCUCGCUGAGGCCCGCCUUUCUGGCUGUGUGCGCCUACUCGCUUGGACGAAUUACGCUGAAAUGCUACUUUCCACACGUUCACCUGUGUUGCUUAAUGGAAUUAUGAAUAAUUUGUGUAUUUGUUUUGUGCUGCGGCCAACACCCUGCUGGCUGGAAUUCUGUGGACAGUUUUUGUUUUUCAUCAUCCUGAUGUGCUUUAUUAUUAAUCUUUAAAAACUGCGCAAUUUCUCCAGUAGUUGGUAAGGUUUAUUGAAACCGUGAACAUUCUCUGGAAAUUUAAAAUGCCGUUAAAAAGAUAAAGAUCAGAACUAACUGA